CUGGAGACCCAUCUAUGGAUACUUUCGUGUCUGCUGAGACGCACAGACCUUCACAGGUGGACUAACUCGUGGACUUCAUGAAAGGGAAAUAUUUUUUGUAGACUUUGCAGCCACCAUCAACCCAAGUGGUGAUGUCUGAGGAAAAUAUGGGUGAAGAGUCGGGUAGCUCCCCUGUCUCUCCUGUGGACAGCUUGAGCAACAGCGAGGGGGAGCUGGACAGGCAACCGAAGCGCUGUGGGAGGAAGAGGAGACCGAGCAGGAAAAACGGGGAGGACUCUGAUAGCCCUACCCCUGGGAAACGAGGCAAGAAGUCCAACAGCAGCAGUCCCCAGUCUUUCGAGGAGCUCCAGUCGCAAAGGGUCAUGGCCAACGUGCGGGAGCGACAGAGGACCCAGUCUCUUAAUGAGGCUUUUGCGGCUUUACGCAAAAUUAUCCCCACGUUACCAUCGGAUAAACUAAGCAAAAUACAGACCCUUAAACUCGCGGCCAGGUACAUCGACUUCCUUUGCCAGGUGCUGCAAAGUGAUGAGCUGGACGCUAAAAUGUCAAGUUGUAGUUAUGUGGCACACGAGAGGCUGAGCUACGCAUUCUCUGUGUGGAGGAUGGAGGGCGCUUGGUCCAUGUCAACAUCUCACUAGCAUAAGGAGAAAUUAUGCCCAAAAUGGUGACUGCUGAUAUUACAUUCCGACGGGACAAUUCUGGAGUCAUGCUGGAUACAUGGGAUCACUAUUUAAACAAAGACGACAGACGCUGUGUGCUGAGGAGAUUUACGCAGAGGCCCGUUACGCGUAAACUCCACGACCCAUCUGAAAUGUUCCUCUUUGUUGACGACGAAUGUUCAUACUGUCAUUUAUAGAUGAGAAUAGAGUUUUAUGCAUGCCUUCGGACUUAUUUCUGUGGAGGUCAAAGUGCAUUGAAGCAGUUCUCUGUGAGUCUGUCAGGUGGCGGUGUAUUGGCCUCAUGUGUGGAUCAAACCUGUGCAAAAGAUUUUCAGAAUACAUUUAUUUAUUUAUUGGUGAAACGUGUUGCAUUGAAGAAAAAAAUCCUGUGUCUGAAAUACAAAUACAAUCCUAUUUUUAUCAUGUUUUUGUAUAUAUUUGUAUUUUUG